AUGUCGACAAAAGACAAUUCAAGUCCGGUGCGGCCUACGAAAAGAUCACGGGCAAGUGGUGCAGGUCUUGACAACGUAAAAUCCAAAGGCGAUCGGGUAAAACGACGUCGAACCUCCACAGACAACGAAACAGGGAAAACCCUGAAAGAUUCGAAUGCCUUGGAAAUUUCACAACAAUUCAUUGAUGCAACCGAAGCUCCCUCAGAGGCUCCAACUUGGACUUUGUCCCGGCCCAUCGCCGGCCAUUUCACAAACACAGAUCCUGUUCUUACGCCUGACGAGCAAUAUCUUUUUCUCGGUGUCGAAACCUCGGUCCACGUUUAUUCAGUUGCUACUUCUCGUCUCCUCCGUGUCCUAGAAGUAGGCUCCGGCGAUAGCGUGGCUGGAUAUAGACUUUCCUCCACAAACUAUGACCGUCUUCAUAUCAUUACAUUAUCUGGGUCCGUGAGCGAAUGGGAUUGGCCUUCCAACAAACAAGUUGCUCAUUGGAACACGGCACCCCGGAUUAUCGCAGUUGAUAUUGUAUACGAUUCUUCCUCCGGUACAUUAUUUUCACUACGGAAGCGCAAGGAUGGAAAGAGAGAAUUAGCGGUCACGCCACUGAAUAAUGAGAAGCCACAGAGCACUGUCAUACUCGAGACCAAUGCCAAAAUCGACAAGUUCAGAGUAAGCGAUGACUUUCUGGUGGUGUACGGUGGUGCCAGUGUUUUUUUUGGUACUUCUUGCUCCACUCAAGGUUCUGAGUCGCACAAGUUCGUGUGGAAGGAGGUCAAACUAGCUUCCACUGUUACCUGUGUUGAUAUAUGGGGUACUGGACCGGAGUUUGACCUUGCACUUGGGGGUGCUGACGGUUCUGUUUUGAUAUAUCAUAUUCAAGGUUCCACGAUUAAGAACCCACCCAGGCGACUACAUUGGCAUCGAGACCCUGUCACAGCCGUUCGCUGGUCAAAAGAUGGCAAUUACGUCCUAUCAGGCGGUCACGAGUCAGUCAUGGUACUUUGGCAACUAGAUACCAGCCGAAAGCAGUUCCUCCCUCAUUUGUCUUCUCCAAUUUGCAGCAUAGUUGUUUCCGAAAGUGGUAACUCCUACGUUGUUAGGCUGGCCGAUAAUCGUGUUGUGGUCUUGUCGGCAAGGGAAUUGCAGCCCAUUUCUACAAUAACUAGUCUGCAAGUCGCUCGUUUAGCAAACACAUGCAAGACAGUUGCAGCUGUGCACCCGCAGCAUCCAGAGCAACUUCUGCUGACUGUACCAGCUUCUCACCAACUCACACAGGAGGGCAUUACUUCAGCAAGUGCUUCUGUUCUGCAGACCUAUGACAUUCGCUCAGGGGUCCAUAUAUCACGUCAGGCUCUCGCCCGUACUAACGCAACGACAUUGAACAUCGGUCCCGAUGGGUCCCAUAUCCUCACUCCUGACAUAAAGCAUCUCAGCAUUUCUGAAGAUGGGAAAUGGAUGGCUACUAUCGAUAGCUGGAGUCCUAAUCCCGAAGAUGUUGAGGCUCUCGACAUAACAACGAACCAAAUGCAUGAGGUUUACCUGAAAUUCUGGCGCUGGGAUGAGCCAUCCUUACUUUGGCAAUUAGUCACCCGCAUUGACAGUCCACAUCAACCCACAGGUGAACCCGCGACUGUUCUCAAUAUUGCUUCACGACCAGACAGUCACGAGUUUGCGACUACUGGAUCAGAUGGACUGCUGCGUCUUUGGCGUCAUGUUAGUCUUCCAAAAAAGCCUGCGGAGACCUGGAAGUGUCGAAAUACGCUCGAUUUGAAAGGUUAUCUGCCUGCUGACUGUCUCUUGAGGUCUGCCUCAGUCUGCUUCUCUGAGGAUGGAUCAGUCCUCGCGGUGUCUCUGCGGCCAACGUCCACAAAUCCUAGCCUCACUCUCCUUGUCGAUGUACGAAGUUGCAGUGUCAGAUGUAGCAAGGUUGGACUUUAUACUGGCGACAUUUGCGCGGCUGCUUUUCUGGGCUGCCAUCUGAUUGUUGCUACUAGUCGUUCGCUGUUCAUAUGGGAUACAGUCAAUGAUGCUGUAAGGACAAUAGAGUCUCCAGACAUGCAACACAGUCGCCAGCUGCUAGCUGUGAAUUCCAGAACGCGGACGUUCGCUACGGCUUCACGAACGCAGAAGAAGACUACUUCAAGAAAGUCUCGCAAGUCUGGGUUUAUGGUACAGAUAUUUGACAUAGACACUGUGAGACUGCUUUCCCGCCAAAAACUCGCCAAAGAGCCCGUGGCCUUGCUUUCAAACUCGCAUUCAGCCAAUUAUAUUAUUGUGGAUGCUGGGGCCCAUGUACAACAAAUUGGUUGUACAAGCAAGGCCUUGGAGGUCAAUCGCAUGGACAGCUUGAUUGAGAUCGCCGACUUUGGAUGGGAGGGUUUGUUUGGGCGCCAAUUAUCUGGGAAACCACAGCAUUCGGAGGUUAAUGCGCCAAAUUCAGGAAGCAUUGGGCUGGCAAGUGUUUUUGGCGAUACACCUCCUUUUGUUCUACCUCCUUCACGCGUCGUCUUUUGUGACCUCGUUAAAGCUCUGUCUGUAUAGAACACAAUCAGAGUAUAUCAGCUAGAU